AACUCUGGUCAAUCUUAAAUAAUCAUAACCCCACACAAACUCAUUUGCUAUCUUGUAUUAUAUUAUUUCAUUCCAUUUCUGAUCGUGAUGGCAAAAGCUGUACCAACAAAUUUCCUAUAAAAAUGUGAGAUUGUUGUCGUUGUGUUUGAUGUGUUGCAAAAAGUUAGAUUAGUUAGAUAGUAACAUUAUGUUCGAUAUAUACUUAAUAAUUUACAUUCUUGGAGUUCUUUUCAAUGACGUGUAUUGUGAUUCAGAUUGGAUUUGGAAAUGCGACAGUGGAUAUUGUAUAAAGAAAAGUGUACUUAAUGAGAGGGAGGGUUAUAUUUCUUUACCCUUAUGUCAGUUGAUAUGCUCGGAGUAUUUGAACAUUUGGCCUAAGCCAACUGGAACCAUCAAGAGUACAAAAGAGCUAGUCAUCGUAAAUACCAAACGCAUAGCUUUCGACUACAAUGGACCAGCCAAUAUCAAAAAUUACCUAGCAACAGUUACGGAAUAUUUCGAAGAUCGUAUCGAGAAUGAAGGACCGUUUUCUUGUGAUGAAAAUAUGUUAAAUUUGAAAAUAUCAUUGAAUCCAAUUAAUGAUAAUCUAAGUUUAACUGUUGAUACAAAUGAGAUGUAUCUAUUAUCUGUUCGAUCAACAGAUACGGAUCUUAUUGUUAACAUUACAGCUCCCACAGUAUUCGGCGUAAGACACGGUAUUGAAACUUUCUUACAGCUACUUUUACCGCAGGUAGAAGAUACUUCUAAAUGUUUAUCUACUGUGAGUAAUCUUGAAAUGUCCGACAAGCCUAUAUACCAUCAUAGAGGUUUAUUGAUUGAUACUGCGAGAAAUUAUUUGAGUGUUGAUACAAUUAAAAAGCAGAUUGACGGAAUGGCCGUUUCAAAACUGAAUGUUCUACAUUGGCACAUUACAGAUUCGCAAAGCUUUCCGUUGGCAUCUACCAAGUUACCAAAUAUGACGAAAUUUGGUGCUUACAGUCCAACAAAAAUUUAUACAAAAGAAAAUAUGAGUUCACUUGUUAAAUACGCUGAAACUAGAGGAGUCAGAAUUCUUAUUGAAAUAGACGGGCCAUCGCAUGCUGGAAUGGGAUGGCAAUGGGGUUACGAUGCUGGUCUCGGAAAUUUAGCAGUAUGCGUUAAUAAACAACCAUGGAGGUCUUUUUGUAUUCAACCACCUUGUGGUCAAUUGAACCCCGUGAAUCAGAAGUUGUAUGAUGUUUUAACAGAUUUGUAUAAAGAUAUUGUCGAAACGAUUCCAGAUAGUUUGAUGUUCCAUCAAGGUGGUGAUGAGGUGUUUAUACCAUGCUGGAAUUCAACUCCAGAGAUACUGGAAUAUUUAAAGAAUAGACCAUUAACACAAGAAACUUACUUCGAUCUAUGGGGUGAAUUUCAAAAGAAAAACUUAAAAGCAUUUGAUCAAGCUACUGGACACAAUAAAACUUCAAUUAUUGUAUGGAGUAGUCAUUUGACCGAUCCAUCAAUUAUAACUAAAUAUUUAUCCAAAGAAAGAUUUAUUAUACAAACUUGGGUGCCAGAAAGUGAAAACGACCUAAUAAAACAACUAUUGAAUUUAGAUUACCGAGUAAUUAUUUCCACAAAAGAUAAAUGGUAUUUAGAUCAUGGUUUUUGGGGAGAGUACUGGACUUAUCAUAAAUGGAAAACUGUUUACGACAACACUAUGUACUCAUCGUAUAAUGAAGCAAUCUUAGGUGGUGAGGUUUGUAUGUGGGGUGAACUAGUAGACGAUACUAAUAUAGAUUCAAGAGUAUGGCCACGAGCUGCUGCAGCUGCAGAAAGAAUGUGGACGAACCCAUCUACCGCAGCUAAUACAGCAGAGUAUAGAAUGUUCGCACACAGAGAACGUUUGAUCAAGCUAGGUAUCCACGCGGAUGCUGUUAUGCCUGAAUGGUGUAUAGAAAACGAAGGUGAAUGUAACGGAUAUCUCUAGAAUUGUAAUUUAAAUAUUUAGGAAUAAAACUCUCAUGUAAAUAUGCUCUGAUUUCAAACGUCUACGUUCAGUAAAAUAAAAUUGAAAACCUCUUUGGAAUAACGGUUUAAAUUACAGAAUAACCUAUUUAAAAAAAAAUACUAUAUUUCAGAAAUUAAGUGUUUAGUUUAAGAACUAGAAUUUACAAUAGAUUGCACCUUGCAAGUUGCAACUAAACUGAAAUGUUAAGAAUAUAUAACUAGGACCUUAUUAUAUGGAUAAAACUAAGACCAUUCUUUAAUACUCAGGGCUUUUGAUCAAUCCAAACUGUUCUUUAUUGUUCUGUGCAGCUUAUGGUUGUAAAAUGACCAUACAAGUUUUGGAUUAGUAAGUAGGUUAUAUUGCUAGCUCGCCCAUAAAAAAAAAAGACUAUAGUAAUUUAUGACACUACAUGACGGCAAGAAAAGCUAUUUAGUUAGGUUAUUAGUUCCACUACAACUUGUCCUUUUCCUAUAUCACAUAUUUAUCGAAUAAUUUGGAUAGGCGGUUUCAGAUUGGUAUCAGCAACAUGAGGUGUGUUACUCGGCAUCUUUACAUGUUUGAUGAUGAGUUGAUUGCCAAUCAGUGUGUACAUUAAAAAUCAGGUACUUGCUUCACCUAUUAUGAUAAAGGAAGAUAUGAUGCAGAGUCUUAUUUGAUUUUAAUUAUCUAAUACCCGACCAUAUUUUCAAAUUUAAAAGACAUAACUUCGUAAAUGUGUGAAAAUCGAUAGUGUUAAUUUGAAAUACUAAUUUUAAAACUUUGUCGAUAGAUCUCAUCAAUAUCUAUCUGUAUGUUAAAGUCAUUAUGAUUGACGCAUGUGCAGAAGAGUUUCUAUGAAAAAAGUUGCAAAAGUUAUAAACUUAAGUCCAAUUAAAAUAUUUGAUUAAGCAAAAUUAUUUUUGUUUAUCUUUAUUUCAGUCUCUAGCACAACCUAACCUAACCUUAUAAAAAUUACUAGACUUUCAUUUUAUCUAUACAGUUUCAUGAUGAUCGUUGUGGGGUGGCUUAUCAUACUUGUGCCUCUAAUUGAAUUAAAAUUGUGAUGACCGUAACCAUGUGAUUCCAACUUUACUGGAACUUACAUAAAAUACUAAGUUGAAAAUAUUAAUUAAUUUAUUCGACGUUCAGGGAAGGAACGAAUUACGUCGUAGUAUGCCUACCUGUCCAUGCAAAUUUUUCUCGGCCUUAAAAUUUAUUGUACCAGGUUUCAUCCCAACAACAUCAAUAUCACUGCACUGCAUAUAAUUGCACUGUAGACAUCCGGAUAAAAUUUCUAAAUUGUUGUGCAUCUUCUAUCCUCAACCAAUUUACGAGUGUGAAAAAUUUAUAUGAAUAAAACAAUUUAUACUAAACUUGUCACUGUGAGUGGAGUCUCUCACUUUCUCUCGAGACUUGGGCAGGUGGAUAUGAAAUAAUCGACAUCUCGAGACUACAAUGAAAAAAUCCCAUUGGUCUUCAAAUUUUCUUUAUCCGUAGAUACUGGUGUACUAUUUGUUCCUUAUUUUCUAAUUCUAUCUCACCAUUGUGACCCUAUUUCCUACAUUUACAUUUUGUACAUUAAAUUCCGGAUAAAUAUCUAAAUUAGACUCAUUUGCAAUGAUAGUAAUUGAAUAAAGGCAAGUUUCGAAGAGUUUUCAGCAGAAUGUCAUAAUUCAAGCAGUUUGCUAUAUUUCAGUCAUGAAAAUUAGUUGAUAUAUAAUUUUCUUUGACAAAAAAUUGUAAAGUGUUCAAGUUUACCAUCAGUUACGUUGUACUUUAACUGAAAAUAAAAUUGCUUGUUCAUACUAUGGCGUCAUUUUAUGAUUUUACUGAUCUGAAGUAGAUAUUGUCAUCAAUUAAGUUGUAGAGAAAAGUAGGAAUGAUAGAGAUUUUAUCUUGCAGGAAAAUGAAACACUGAAAAUAUUUAUUUUAAAAAGCAUUUCAUGUAUUAAGAAAUAAAAUACAAUAUUUACAAUACAAGUUUCUACUUAAUUUUAUAAAUAGUCACAUGAUACUUUAGCAACAUAAUUUUUUAAAUUAAAUCACUCUCAAUAAUUAGGGGGUUCACUAACGGCAAAAUUAUAUAAAGUAAUUAACACUUCAGUUACAAUUUGUAAAAAUUUUUCCAACAUACCAUUUGGCACUCUUUUUAUUAGAUAUUGAUACAAAAUAUAAAAAAAAAAUAGUUUCCAUAUUUCCAAACAUUAUCAGGUUCCAUUGUAUAGUAAUCAUCAUGCCAUCGAUUGUCGAUUUUCAGAGGUGAUAUAUCGAUUCACUCAAUCUGUUCAGUACGAUAUAUCGAUUUUUUUGGUCCGAGUAAUCAAUUAAUCGAUUUCAGAUGGCCAUGCCCUAAUAUAUUAACAUUAUUUGCAGUAAGCAGUUCUACAGGAGCCAUAUAGUCUCAUAGGAUGACGGUUACUUAACCUAAAUUCUAUUUUUCAAUACACUGUCUGACUGAGACAUGAAAGAAAUUUCAAGUUUUAGUCACAAUACCGUUUUUCAAACUAGUAUUAUUGAUACAAUAUUUUACAAAUCAUAACUUACUGUUAAUUGCAUUAGGUAAAAUGUACCAUAAAUUUUAAAUAAUUAAGAUGAAAAAUAUUGUAUUAUAAAAUUGGACAGUCUUUAGUAUACAAUAAGUUUUAAAUUAAAAUUAUUUCAUUUUGAGUUAGAAUUUUAUUAGAAAACUGCAACUCGCAAAUUUUAUUUUUAUUUUAAAACUUUCUGCAAUAUAGGUAUCGAACUAUAUACUUUUAUUAUACAUUUAUUAUAAUUAGAAUAUAUAUAUAUUUAUAUAUGAAAAAACAUUUAUCUAGACACAUUCUGUAAAUUAUUAGUGCCUUAAGAUAUGAACAUAUUGUAGUUAUGUAGCUUGUUCAUAUAAUUAUAAAAUGUGUACAUGACAACACUAGUUUUGUGUAGUUCGCGAACGAACUAUGUUGUAAGAAUGCUCCCACAGAUAAACUACUCGAACUAGUUCCCCUCAUAACUGUCCAUUGUUCACUAGUGUGAUAGCGAGAGUGACAUAAACCGAACGCAGUGUUCCCAACUCUCAAAAAUUUAUCUACCUAAAACCCCAAUUAAAAACCCCCACAAUUAAUACAACUUCCCCCUAAAAUCCUUUAUUAUUAGCAUCAUUUUUUUUAAAAUUAUACAUAUCGACAUUGAAUAACCUCAAAAUUUUUGGAGAUGGUUAAAAUGUUGGGCAAUAUCCACUAUUCCGUUGCAGUGUGGAUCGAACCAUAAUCAUAUGUUAUCCUUAUUAUCAUCAUAUUUUAUUGUUUACAAUGUUAUAUAGCGAUAUUUGAACAUUUCAUCUCACAUUUUUACCUCUAAAUUUGGAGGAGAAACCACUAUGUUGGGAAUCCGGACCGAACGUACAACGACGUACAAACGGAAUGGCAAUACUUGUUAACUGCACAUGCGCGUCUAGUUUAGUUCUUCGGUCUGUCAGUCAGAGGAGCUAUAUAUUCUAUGGUUUUAGUCAUUGAAAGACAAGACGAACGAUAAUUUUUAGCGCGGCAAAUAUAUAAACAUUAAUUAAUUAACAUGUAAGCCAAUCUUUUCUAAACAGGCCCAAUUAUUUAAGGAGGGUUUAUGUUGAUGAACGUUCUAUGAUUAAGUUGGCUUAAUCCUUUCUUUUCCUUUUUCUCUAGUGUCAAUUGUCCUAAACUGAACUACAAUAUGAAUAUUUACGUCAAUUGUCUCACAUUAACGUCAUAUGUCAUUUUAACUGAAGAUUGUAUUGAAAUUGAAUGUAUGCUAUACAUUUUAAUGUCUAAUACUUAAACGUUCAUUUGUUGUGUCUUUAAAUUGUAAAUUCAUAUCGUCAGUAUCCUGAAUCUAUAUUCUUUGUAAGGCAAAGGAAGCCGCGAAGUGCAAACUUUUCACAAGAUGAAAAAGUUACAUUAUAGAACAUAAUAUCGAAAUAUGAGUGUAUAAGCUAUUAUAUAAAUUUAUAAUUCUCCAAAUUUGUCAAGAACUGAUGGAAAUGUACUAAUUUCAUAAAUUCUCAUUAUUCUCCUUGCCAGGAACAUCAGGAUAACAUGUGGCGGGAUCUCAUACUCAUUUUUUAUCCACUUUAAGCGAUUAUAACAAUGAAAAUUUCGAAAAUUUAUCUAAGAUUGUUGAAAGAAUACUAAUUUCAUAAAUUCUCAAUAUUUUUCUCGUCAGAAACAUUAGGAUAGCAUAUGGAGAGAUCUCAUACUCAUUUUUUAGCCACUUUAAGCGAUUAUAACAAUGAAAAUUUAUCGAAGAUUGUUGAAAGAAUACUAAUUUCAUAAAAGAAUAAAUAAUUAUAUCAUUUAUAUACACAAACGAUAACAUUACAAAGUGGAUGCCGACAAGCAAAUAGUAGUGGGUAGUUAUUACUAAUAGAAUCAUCAUCGAGUCAUUGAAACAACCUUCAACUACAUGAACAAGCUAUUUAACUUCAUUACAAUAUAAAGUCCAAUAAAACUGGUCAAAUAAGAAUGAGCAAAGUAUUCAUAAACUCAAACAUAAGAGUACUCUGAUAAACGUUAAUAAUUAUCACUUUUUAGAACGUUUAGAAACUUUUCGUUAAAAUUCUUUGAAGAUUUAGUAUCAACUUUAUCAUAGUAGAGUAGCAUUAAAACACACCACAUUCUAAUUGAAAUUUCUGGAAUCGUUGAUGAGUUUCACAUUACACCAAUAUUUAUAAUUACACUGAUUUAGUUACGUUUCGAUAAUUUACUAUCAAUCACAGCGUCAAUGAGAGGGUUGAUAUAGUGCACAUAAUAGGGAGCGCGUCAAUAGGUGGCUGGUACACGUGGAGAGAAUGCCUUCUGAUCGAUACCCGCGCAGAACUAUGUGUGGAGUUCCUAGAGGACGGUGACCUUCGUUGGUUGGAGGACGUUGUAGCGGACUUUAUCCAGCUAGGGUUUCGACGUUGGAAGCACAGAAAGGAUAGGCAGUCGAUUGUUGAGAAGGCCAUAGUUCUCAAAAGACCGUGGUGCCAGUUAAAGAAGAAGAAGAAACAGAAUAGAUGUUACGCCCGAGCAUUGAGCGAAAAAAAAAAACGAACGCGACGCGUUCUGGACGAUGCCGAAAGACCAAUUACUGAAAUGACAUAAUUUUUGCUUUUUUCCCGUUCUUGUUGACCACAACGCGUCGUGGACAAUGCUCAAACGGCCACGACGCGUCCUGGAUAAUUUAGAAAGCUUAUAUACCGUUAUCAUAAGUUAGGUAACAAAUUUGAAUUAAGAGAUGCAAGGUCAAAAUGAAUUUAUUAAAACAAAUUUCAAAAGGGAUUUGACGCGUUCCGGAUGAUUUAGAGAGCUCAUACACCGAUCUGUUAUUUUUUCUUGUGGGGCCUUUUGAAGAGCAACGUUUUUACAGGAGGGUCACGCACCCUUCCCGACCUCUGAACUGCAAUUGAAGAAGAAUUUGAAACUCUUAGUGGGCAACUUGACAUGCUUCACCGCACCUGCCUUUCCGUUGAGAAACAUUACUAUAAAUGCAUUGAUCAAGUAGCGCAAUAAUUUGAACAUUUACAUUGUACCGAAUCCCUUUCGGAAUUUUUGUUAAUGAAUUUGUUACCUGACUUAUAAUCUUGCUGAAUCAUCCAGGAAGCGUCGUGGUCAGUAUUUGGUGUUUCGGUAGCGUCCAGAACGCAUUGCGGUUAUUUUUUUCGCUCAAUAAUUAAUCGUUCUCGAUGUUUUGACGUAACGUAGAUAUCACAAAUCAUAGUUUUUUGAAGCCGUGUUAUAACGAUACUACAAUGAAAUAAAUAAGGUGAGAAAAACCGAGGUAUAGAUCAUAUAGAAAAAAUUCCAUUUUCAAAAAAAUUGUCUGUUAAAUAAAAAUGUGAAUUGGAGUAUUUAGAAAUGAUGUACAGAUACGUAAGCAUAUCAUUAACCUAAUAUUUCUUUAAUUUCUUAUAUCUUAGACCUUUUGAUAUAAUAAUGUUUCCAAAUGUUCUUGAUUUUAGGCCUCUUCUGUUUUAAAAUUAUUUUUUUUUAAUGAUUUUUGGAAGAUAAAAUUUAUUUAUAAAAUAUAGAAAAUAUAACGAAUGGGUCGCAAACCAGUAUUACCGGCUGAAAUGGAAGAAGACUUGGUACAGUACUGUUUGGAAAUGGAUAGAAGAUAUUAUGCUCUAGGACUUGCAGAUAUUCGCAGGCUGGCUUACCAGCUUGCUAGAAGAAACAACCUUCCCCAUCCCUUUUCAAACAGAGAUAGUAAUGCCGGUAAAAAAUGGCUCCGAAAUUUCUUGAGACGUCAUCCCAAACUAUCUUUGAGAAAACCGCAGGGGUUUUAAAAAAUAGAAUAAAAGGGUAGAACCCCGGAAAAUAUCAAACGUUUUUUUUGAAAUACUGGAACCAGCGAUGGAGAAGAUAAGUUUCAAUCUCCUUAGAAAAGGUAGACGAAACCGGUAUCACCACGGUACAAUCUAAGGUUGUUAGAGUCAUCACCUUGAAAGGAAAAAAACAAGUGGGAGUUGUGGGUGCUGCAGAGAGAGGAGCACUUGUAACCGUUGUUACAUGGAUGAAUGUCGCCGGAGGAUUCGUUCCUCCGUUAUUUGUUUUUCCACGGAAAAAUAUUAAGGCCGAGCUAUUAGACGGAGCUCCGGCAGGAUGGAUCCAGAGCCCCAUAUUCACCAGAUGAAUGGAAUAUUCUAUCAAUCAUGUCAAGCCUUCAGAAAAAGACCCCGUGCUGCUCAUUCUUGACGGCCAUUAUAGUCAUUCGCGGAAUCAGGACGUUAUAGACCUAGCCUAAAAAAAAAUUAUGUCUCUAUUGUUUGUAUUCCUCCACACACCUCACAUAAAAUUCAACCGUUAGAUUUGUGUUUUAUGUCUCUAUUAAAAACAUACUAUUCAUAAGAAAUACAAAAUUGGCUAAAGAAUAACACUUCUCGAAAUAUAAAUUUUUUUGAAAUAUGAAAAUUAUUGUGUCCUGCUUAUCAGAAAUGUGCCAGCAUGCUGAGAUAUCAGCCAAUGGAUUUUUUAAAGCAGGAAUUUUCUCAUUCGAUCGGAAUAUAUUUUCAGACGUAGACUUUCUAAUAGAAAAACAAAGAGAAAGAACUCCACCACUCUUCCGAUAAGACUCUUUCGUCCGAACCAGUUCACACCAAUAGCUCAAUGCAACUGUCAAACACCCCCGAAACAAUAAACGGGUAGCGGUGUUAAAACUAAACAGUUAUUGAACAUUGUAAAAGUUCAAGACUUUCCGCCUUUACCAUCCUGCAGUUCAAUGAUUCCUACUUCAAACAGGGAACGUAAAACCCUACAAGCACGAAUUAGAAGCCGGUGUUAAAAAGAAACAAGGAAAAGAAUCACUUAAGAAAAAAAACCAGUUGCGAACAUUAUAAAAAUUGAGUAAAACUAAAAAGUUGUUGGGCAAAAACAAAAGGGUGAAGAAUAUAGAAGACGAACGUGAACCCUCGGUCUCCUCAGAAGAUAUGUUAUAUGAUGAUGACUCAGAUAUGGAUGCCGACGAAGAACGGACAAACAUGGAGAAGCCUGGGUGCAGUGUUCAAUUUGCUACCGAUGGUCGUAUGAAUAAUGUGCUGGUAGUGGCAAAAAGAAAGCAUACAUGUGUGAUUUUUGUAUGGAAAAAUAGGUUCCUAAUUUUAGAUAAGGUAUCCAAUUUUGGGAAUCUUUUUUUUUAAUUUGGAAAAGUGUGUCAUUCUUUAGUUUAACCAAUUUUUCUCGUUAUUCAAAUAUGAAAUAAAUAUUUUAGUUUGCACCACGUGUUUUCAUAAGGCAACACGACAUUUUAAUCAUAAAAGAAUAAUUACAAAAUGUUUUCUCUUAGGAAAAAACGCAACUAAAAAAAGUAUCCAAAAUCAGGCAACACUCCUCUAUCAAAAUAUUUUGACGUUUCGACUUUUCUUAUCAAAAUAUUUUGUUAAAUUUUAUCUUUCUCUAAAAAAUUAUUAAAAAAAGAAAGAAGACCUAAAAUCAAGAAAAUUCAAAUGCAUUAAUAAACCUAAUGUUUUGAAAUUGUUCGUUUUCAUCUAAAUAGAUUAAAUUUAUUUCUAAUAAAAAUAAUAGAUUAUAAAACAUACUAUUAUAGAAAAUAAUGUUUUGAAGACAUUGUUUCCUGUAUCUGACGUAUAAAAUCGGUGUUUUCCAAUCCUAAACAAUUUUAUACAUUAAAGGACGGUAUCCGUUAAUCGGUCGUUGCUUUCAUUUUUUUUUACUUUGCGCAUUCUUUCUGUUAAAAUAUAUGAAUGAAAAAACAGACCCACAGGUAGGAAGAUAUGUUGGAAAUUGAUUUAAAAAUAUUCUAAUGAAUAAUCUAGAGUGAAUAUUCUAGAAAAAUAGCUUUAAACAAUACUAUUAACUGAAUCACGUACUAACCACAAAACACGUUUCUCGAUCACAUUUUCAAAACAAUUAUUUACAAAUUUAAAAAACCGUUGGCUCGUGGAAUAUUUAUACAUAGUAGAAUAAAUUUUUGUAUUACGAUUUUGUCUCCAUUUGGUACGACGAUGUUAACUAACCGAUUAAAUUGGAUGGUUUCUCUUAUAGGUUACUUUCGUUUAUUAUCUUAUAUUUAUACUUUUCGUUUCCACUGGUAUUAAAUUUGGAUUUCAAAUGAAAACAAAAUCACAUUUCACAGGAACUUGAAUAACAACGAUCUUAUUAAUCUAUCUUUAUAUAUAAACAAGUGGAAUACUUAGUAAUUUAAUGUUGAAAAACAAAAUAUUUGUAUCCAAAAAUGAAAAAACUGGUAUUUCUUUUCUGGUAUAUUUUUCCACGAAUUGAAAUUAUUCAAUACUGAAUUAUUAUCAUUUAACUAUGUAAAAAAUGCACGACACUAUUUUGAAAUAAUUCAAAUCUUUGCUUACAAUCAGAGGCGCCAAAAAAGUUUAACAAAACUUCAAAAUUAUAACAAUAUAUUACCAACAGAGUAAAUUACAAACAAAUAAUCUCUGGGCCAUCAAUGAAGUCUUAUAACACUUUAAAAACCUUCUUUUUGACCCGUUUACCACGAAUAUUUAUACCGCGCAUUACGAAAGUGACGCUUUUGCUUUUGGUAACUACCUAAACAUGUCAUUUUUUAGCCUUCAGGGUUUGUGGUAAUAACAUAAUUUGUUUUUAUUUUAAUGAGAAGAUUAUGUAGCAAAUUACUAUACGGAUGAUAUUAUCCGACAAAAAAGGGGACGCGUUCGCCCAGUCCGACGACCGAAACACGUCAAUUUUGAGCCUUAUGGGUUCGUGAUUUUAACACACCUUUUUCUCCACAGUGUUUAAAAAUUGUGUACGAAACACCGAAAUAAAGUAAAGGCUUCAAAUUCUAAAAGAGACUUUUUGAACUGUGUCCACAACACUGCUCUUCACCUCUGCCUUCUGCCUUUCUCUCAAGCGCCGCUGCUAGUAUCAAUGUUGAAGCUGAUAAGUCACCACUAUCCUUAAGACGACAAUCUUUUAUCUUGUCAUAUGCUGCUCAAGUAUCUUCCAAUCCUUCUAAUGCUGUUCAUUCGCUACUUACCACCACGUCCCUAUUCCCAUCCCCUACUGCCGCUUACUGAAGGAUAUAGAAUUUUCUUAUACGUUAUUUUAAUGUUUACCUCUCCAUCAAUCAACAAGGAUGAAUAAAUAGUAGAUUAAAAUUAUAUAGAAUAAAUAUGCACAACUUAAUAGUCUUCUAUUAAUUUAUUUAAUUCUUAAAAUUCUUAAAACAGGUCGCCCCUGUUUGUAGCAAAAAUAAAGUUUACAUUUACUAUGGUCUCCGCAUUGAUGACUAUCCCAAUUUUAUAAAUGAUAUAAAAUUCAAUAUUCAAAAUAAUGUUUCAAUUAACGAAACAAAAGUCGUAGAAAAAUACUAAGGACAAGUGUAUGCAAUGUAUCGAAUAAAAAAUAUAUUCCAGGCAAAAUAAGUCGACGCGAAGACACUUUGUACUAUUCACAGUAUAAAUUACACCACUAUUCUGACUUUUAAAUAUUUCUCGAUAACAUAAAAAAUAUAUAGGUACUGACAGUUAUUUUUUUAUUUAUUCGUUCGAUAUAUUUCCACCCGAUUAUUUCGUAUGUAUGUAUGCAUAAAACUGAUCCAGGUAUAUAGUUUUCGAACGUCAGCUUUGGAAAUAGUUUUGUAAACAGGUAAACUAUUAACUUUUAGUUUAUGUUUAAUAAUAAUCGUUAGAAUUAUUGGUUAUCAAAACUAUUUCGUUAUAUUUGUAUUAAAGGUUCAUCAAAUUCUGAAAAUAAAUACAAAAUAAUGUAUAUUACAUAUCGCACCUCCGCUGAAAUAGUGUCAUAACUCAAAAAAUUAUAAAAUCUCUUAUAUUUCACUAUUAGUGCUAUAUAACUGAAAAAUUUUAUGGUAAAUGAUGUUAUUUGAAUAGUGAGUGUAACAAGGGGGAAAAUCUACUCAAAUUCUUGGUCAGAAAAAAGUAAGUUAAGCACAAAGAUGACAAUAUACAAAUCAUAGUGGAGCCCAUUUUGACAUAUGGAUGAGAGUGCUGGCAACUGAUGGAUAGAUAGGAGAUGUGGAAAUAAGACUACUUGAGAAGAUCGUGCAGAAUAUCCAAAACAGAAGAUAUACGACUUCAGAGAGACUAAGAGAGACUAAGCAUCUGCUCUGGUACGGACAUGUGCUGAGGAUGGAGUAGAACAGGUGGCCGAAGAAAGCAUUGUUAUAUUAACCGCUAAAUAGAAACGAGCCUCAAGGACCUGGAAGGAAGGAAUUGAACAGACCAUGAGAUUUUUUCUACAUACCAAGCCGUAUUGAAUAAAUUAUAAACUGUCAAUCAUUUAUGGUUUAACUAUAAUUUAAAAUUAGCAUAAAUAGGAUGGGUUUUAUUGAUUAUCAAGUAAAUUUAACAUAUACAAUGUAAUUUUUUACAUUAGCUUUCUUCCUAACACCCUAUUGAUCUACAGAUGUCGGUAGAUAAUAUAAGUGAAUAAUUAUUACUAAUCAAAUGAAGAAACAACUAAGUUGAAAUAUCUGGAACCGUUGGUGAUAUUCGUACUGAACACAUUGUUUACGCUACCACUUCACCAAUAAUAAAAAAUUACACUGUCUGAUAUUAGCGUUUCGAUAAACAAGUUAUCGUCUUCAGAGACUGAAGGUAAACUGUUUACCUUCAGUAUCGGAAGACAGUGAAUUAUGAGUGUUGGUGUAGUGGUAGUGUAAACAGUGUGUUCAAAUGAAUAAACACUUUAAUAUGUAAGAAUGCUAAGUUCAAUUAUGAAAAACAGUGAUUUUUUUAGAUGGAACGACUCAUCAGAAUUAUUGGGAAAAAACUUUUGCGCUAGAAUAACGCUGCACUGCUUUCUUAUAUUCUUGAUAUAUUUCUUCAAGAUUUGAAUCGUAUACUGAUUACACAUAUAAAAUGAAUAUGAAAUUUACAUCGUCUUGAAUGAAAUAUACUAGAAUCUUUCAAGUAAAAUCCGGGAUUUCUGUACCUUUUUAAUAAAACAAUAAAAAUCAGAACCCCCAUAAACAGCUCUAUGAUAGUUAGUGCCCUGUUUUGCUAGAGUAAUAUUUAAUACGUUUUUUAUGUAACUUAACAAUAAAGAUUCGAAAAUUGGUCAUCUUGAAGUGACUAAUGGAAUUAUAAUAUCAUCAUCAUGCUGUUUAAUCUCUUGGAUUAUGGCUAACGCUUGGGGCGUCUACAUAUCCCUUUAUUGGGGUGGAUUACUCCCUUGUUGUAAUUUUUUGUAGAUCCUGACCUCGUUUGUCAGUUUUCUUCAUUCUUUUCUGCUUUUGAAUUUUGCUCUCCAGUCUACUAUUCCUAGGAUUCUGGUAUCUUCUUCAAAGAAAAUUUUCACUAAAACGAGUUGUUUUCUAUGGUGGCUGGAAAGUUUCCGGACAAGUUUUUUGUUUAUUUUUUUAAUUGAAAUAUGAUACAUAAACACGUUAACUUGAUCUAUAACGAAAACGCUAUGUUCGUUUACGAACUGUGUACGAUUGUGUCUUUCGUCCCUGUCCCUGUUUGUGGAAAACAAAAUAAAAUCGUCAUCCUUAUACUCGCGUCAAUGAAGCCUUUGCUUCAAAAGUCCUCAAAAACAGCUCCGAUUUUGAUAAAUUUUUUUUUAUAUUAUGUGAAAUCAGAAACCUCUUAAAGCGGGGACGGAACUAUUUAUAUUGUUUAAACAAUAUCAACGACAUUUAUAUGAAAAAUUCAGUUUGGUAAGAUAAGAUGGGGUAAGUGUGUUUACGGGGUAAGUGUGUAAUCCAACGUUAUUUCUUGAGUGGGUUUGAAACUGCUUCUGCCAUCUAUGAAUAACUGAAGACACAUACAUAAAUUCUAGAACUAACAUAUAAGGCAGCAACAGAUACCUUCAGUUGAGGUGAAAAUUAGUAUUUUCUGUUAUUAUGUUAAUGUGGUCAAAUCAUCUAGUUCGUUGCUCUUUUUUCAAUCUAUAAUCAUCGGGACAAGUACAUUGAUUUUAAGCAGUUUUUUUUAUUAAUAAGGUAAGAAAUACUGUAGUUUUAACUAGUUAAUGUUAUUUUCUUUUUAUUUAGGUUUUUGAUAUAUAUUUUGAGCUACUACACACUUGCCUCCUUAAAAUAUAAUACCAGGGAAGUGUGUACUAUUUUGAGAGGGUAUGUGUGUAUGUAGUACACACUUUCCCCAAGAAAGAAUUGUAUCCAAGGAAUAUUUCUCUUUUAGGAUUGCGAAAGUGUAUCAGUCUAUACUUUAACAAAUAAAAUGGUUAGGAACUACGUCCGAAAAAGCAAAAGGGCUACCUCCUAUACAAAAGAAGAUUUACAACGGGCUAUGGAAGAAGUGAGGUCUGGAAGAAUUACAGCAUACAAGGCCAGUCAAAGAUUUAAAAUUCCUAUGAUGACCCUGAAUUAUCGUUUAAGAGGCAUUCGAGGGGUAAAGAGCAGUAGUCAAGGUAGGAGUACAGCUAUUCCUAUUCAGGAAGAAAGAGAAGUCCUUAAAAUUGUUGGCGAUUAUGUUAAACGAAACAAAUUAAAGACUCCUUUUAAAGCAGGAUUGGCAGGGGAAGAUUGGUUUCUUGGAUUUUCGAAACGACAUGGUUUGUCCAUUAAGAAGCCACAGUCAGUAGAAUACGCCCGCAAAAAAAGUUUGGAUCCGUUCAUUAUUAACAAAUAUUUCGAAUUAUUGAAGAAUAUUCUUGAUAACUUAGGCUUGCGUGAUAAGCCACACCUCAUCUGGAAUCUUGAUGAGUCCGGUUUUUGUAUGGAUCCAUCUAAGACGAAAGUUGUAGGCAAAAGGGGAACAGCAGCUUCUCGUACCACAGCAGGUGCUGGACGAGAAAACAUAACGGUUCUAAUGGCGGGAAACGCUGCUGGGCAUAAGGCACCACCUCUUAUCAUAUUUAAGGGUAAAAAUAUAUGGAAUGAAUGGGUUGCUCCCGAUGGUCAAGGAUUCCCAGGUACAGCCUACGCGGCUACAGCUAACGGUUGGAUGGAGUCAAAUAUUUUCUUAAAAUAUUUUGAAAAAAGUUUCCUAAAAGAAAUUGGCGAUGCUAGACCAGUGCUAUUAAUUUAUGACGGUCAUACAUCACACGUCGACGAACGCCUUAUUGAGUGUGCUUUACAAAAUAAUGUGACAAUAUUAAAACUUCCCCCUCAUUCUAGUCAUUUGCUACAACCGCUCGACCUCAGUGUAUUUCGAUCCCUUAAAUCAAGGUGGGAUACCGAAGUUAUCGAGUGGCAAAGACAUCACCAGGGCCAACGAAUUCCUAAGAAUCAUUUUAGCAAGCUAAUAGGAAAGGUUUGGAUGGAAACUAACCCCGAUAUUAUAAUCAGCGGAUUUCGAAAGGGGGGAAUAUUUCCAUAUAACUCUGAAGUUAUUUCGAAGGAGCACUUUGAUCCACUUGCAAUGAAACGAUGGGAAAAACAUGAAAAGGAUAACAACAACCGCAAUGAUAUACACGUGAAUGACCAAGACCAGGCUGGUCCAUCUGUUGAUCAACCCAACCAGAUUAACAGAGUCAUCAAUGAAAAUGCAAGUGAAGGUAGCACUACUACUUUUGAAGAACUUUUGCUGGAAAAAGUGAAGCAGCACGAGAACAACAAUCUAAAAAAAAAAAGAACAAAGAUUGCAAGCGGUGCGGAAGUUAUAACCUCUUCGGAGGUUGUUGAAAGACUACAGGAGAAACAACAAAAAAAAACAACCAGCGAAAAAGAAUAAACUACGUGAAAAAAUUGUGGA